AUGGAUCCUGACGUUCCUGUGGCAUUGGCGGGCGACUCGCCGUACUAUCGACUCCAAUCGUCGAUCUGUGUGGACGAGGAGCUGGAUUUGUUGAUGCUGUUCGGCGGGUUUGACCAGGACGAUAUCAUUGACGACCAUGUGUAUCUAUUGGACUUGAAGGCGAACAAAUGGCUGGACAGUCGCAAAUGCGGCAUCUUUAGAGAAGGCCACUCGAUGACCAGCUUGUCGAGCGGGUCUGUUCUUGUAUACGGCGGGUUGGCGGUCGACGACCAGUACCAUCAGCAUUUGGCCGGGCAAAAUGCGGUCUUGAACGGACUACCCAUGUUGAUCUAUAAUAUGGUUGACGACGUGUGGACCAGUCCGGAGUCGAGAUCGCCCGACAAUGGCUCGCGGUUGGAACCGAUUUCCAUCUCCAGACACUCGACGUGCUUAUCAAGGGACAGAUCCAAGGUUUACAUCAGUGGAGGCUACAACGUGGUGAUCAAGGAGGAACCCGUGAAUGAUCUGUAUUGCUACGAGUUUGCCACCAACAAAUGGGACCGACGCACGUUCGUGAGCAGAUUCGACCAUUUCGUGUACGAAUCCGGGAACAAGAUCUGGUCGUUUGGUGGUUUGUCUAAACAGAUGAACCAUGUCAAGAAAAUAUCCAUGUUUGAUCUCGAUAACAACGCUGUUGGCGAGCUCAAGCUCAGCAACAUGCCCAAAAUGCUCACGGGAAACCACACGUAUCUCAAGAUCUCGGACCAUAAAGUACUGGACAUUUUCACCUCGCAAUGGUCGUUGGACCAAGAAACCAUUAAACCCUCGAUUGGUCUGUUUGACCUCCAAAAGACAAAAUAUAUCCCGCUCAUCACCGGAAGUCUAAAUCUUCUAACGAAAUUCCGCUGGAGACACUUCUUCAUUCAUAACGACAGUCUUUGCAUGCUGGGAUACCCGCUGACCCCAGAAACUAACGAUACCUCUUACGACUAUAGAAUGACACAUUUGAUGAAAAUACCCUUGGCCAAUCUCGGGGCCUCCACGAAAACCGACACCGGGAGCACAGACGUUACAUUACUGAGCAGUUUUCACCGGCUAUAUAACCACAACAGCUUCACCGACUUCAGGAUCGUGGCUAUCAAUUCGUUCACCAGACCAGAAGACGAUAACGACAUGUACGAACGCAGCGACCCGAUCAACGUCCACAAGCUGGUUUUGAUCACCCGCUGGCCGUACUUCAAGAAACUGUAUGAGUCAGGAAUGGCGGAGUCGCAGUUAAACGAGAUGUUCAUCCCAGAGCCUGUUGGGUGGGUCAGCAGACUGGUUGAGUAUUUCUACACCAACAGCAUUGACAAUUGCACAAUUGACGAAAUGAGUGGACUACUACUGCUCUCAGAGAUGUAUGAGCUUUCAGAACUUAAAUCGAUGCUUCUGAGUCAAAUAUAUGCCGACGGAUUCAAGUUGAACACCAUCUUGGAAAUAUGGAAAAUAGCAGUCUAUCUGGACGAUCCAAUCCUGAGAUCCAACUGCGAGUCGUUCAUUUUCCAGAAUUGGGGCAAGCUGGUGAAAACCAGUUCGUUCAAGAAACUCGACAAGCAGUACAUCCUGAGACUGUUUGAAGGUCUGGACAACGAGAGCAAAAUCGUGUCUGACGAGGCAAUGCAACGGAAGGUCAAGUUUGAUGACGAGCCUUUGUCGACCGUUUCCAGUACGUACCGACGUGUUUCCAGCCGAUCGCCGCAGUCCAUCAUUGUGGAAGAGGACGAUCCGCAGCUGUUUAGUCAUUCGAAUCAAACGGUUGAUGAAGAGAUGGACGAAGAUGACGACGAAUGGUGA